CCACUGUUCACAUUCAGACUUUGAUAGUCCCGUUACCUCGUUAACAGAUGCUAGUCUUAAGCAUAGAAUGAUAUUAAUUUUCCCUGGAUAUUUUAUUCUUCAAUUGUCCCUCAAUAAUGAGGUUAGACGUGAAGGGGAAGUUGGUCAGUUAGAUUGUAAAACUGCAUCGAUUGGGGCGACUGGGACGUGCACUAUCGUCUUCCUUGUCGAGCACUCUUUACUGUCAUAGGAUUAAAAUGAAGAGGGAAUAGGUGUUGAAAUGAAAACAGCAUCAACCACUGAAGUCAUUGACUGUUAGCUUCAAAUGCCUGGUUGGAGUUCUCCAGAAUCAAAAAACCAAUGGGUGAGGUGUGUUGGUCAUCUGGUUCAGGAUUGUUCUCAAUGUUGCCAAUACAUUCAAUUUUUGUAACCUUUUCAGUUCUUAUUCUCCAUUAACUUAUUCUUACUGCGGUAAAUUUCCGUUAAAUUGAUCUCAUUUGCACUUUUCCACUACAUGUGGCAACUUAGACUUCUGCACUUUGUGCAAAGUUCUACUUUGAAAAUUCAACCCAGUACUAUCACUUCUUUUCUGCUGUGUGGUUUUCUGAAGGCGACUACUUAAACUGAUGGACUGACAAAAUUCUAUAAGUGGUGGUCAUAUAAGGAAAAUAGUGGGAAUCAAAUAUCUUCGACCUCCAUGUCUCUUUUAAGGUUAACAUCACUUGUUGGCGUCGCAGAGCAUCAAGGAAAAGCUUUAACCACUGUAGCUCUUUAGAUCAUUGUAAGUUGAAGCCGCAUCUGUGUGAUUAUACCGAUUUCGGAUUGUUUUAAUAUGGGGAAAUUCUACUGGUUUGUAAACUCACAGGAGCAACGCUAGGCUUGAGAAUAGGUAGCGAUCGCAAACUCUGUGUGAAGUUGGACGCUGCUGACUUGUGUGAAUAUGAUGAGCACUUCAUCUUCACAAACACUGGAAGUCUAAUGAUCCUUCCAUUAGUUCAUACUCGAAAUCAGCGUUAGCUUUGUUCAUAAAGCUGAUUGACCAACAAUGGGCAACAUGUUUUAGGCAGUUUAAAUCAUAACCAAAUGUAGAUUUUUGGAAGAAAAUAGUUUUAAAACAAUAGGGCUUCUGUGAAUUAGAAUGACCCCAAUCUUUUCUUUAAUUCAAACUCCUUGAGUCCUACUAUGCACUAGGCCUCGAUUGGCUCGGGCUUCCAAAAGCUAAUCAUCAGUUGUCGGCAUACAUUCUGACUUUUGGAAUAUAGUUCUGAUUCGACGUAAUGUACAAGCAUCUGAUACAACCAAAGAGAAGUCUUUAUCAGUUGAUUUGGAGUGUUUGUGUCAGUUCUUGACAGCUGUUGGAAAAUAUAUGGAUACACCUAAAGCGAAGAAACUUAUGGACCAAUAUUUCCAGCGGUUGCGUCGUAUAUUGUCACGCACUUGUGAUUCAAGCGCAGUGACUUCUAAUAAAUAUGAAAAUAUAUCUACCGAAAGAACAGUUUGCCCAAAGGCAACGAAAUGGAAUAGCGCCUCCUUAUCGGCAAGAGUGCGGUUCAUGGUUGAGGAUUUGAUCGAUUUGAGGGAGAAUAAUUGGAUCCCACGUCGAGCUGGUCAGCGUACUGAAACAAACAAACCCCGUUUACUUCGAGAUAUUCGAUUUGAGAUACUAAAGGAAUCUGGAAUUCUUGUUGCUCCGACUCCAAGUGAACGCUCUGCUGAACAGCCUGAUAUACCUGGAAGUGCUUUCAUGAAUCAUUCGUCUAGGUCAAGUAAUUCAUCAGUCAGUAAUGAAUUCCCUUUUGCCCGUGGUUUGGGUUCUAAUUCAUUAAAGAAUGAUAAUGGUGAGGCAAGAAGUUGGAUGGAGUUGGCGCGGAUGGGUGAAGAACUAUGCCGACAAAGUUCUCGAGAUCUAUGUUUAUUGGACAAUGGGAAUCGUUCCACUGAUGGUCCGACUAUCCCUUUCCAUGGGCGUUUACACACUACUCGACGUUUCGCAUCCAGCAAAAAUGAACUGCCUAAUUCGAACAGUGUUCAGCGUCAGAGUACAAAAACUAAUAAUACUGACAGUUGGGCUGCAAAAAUUGAAAAACCUGAAGGUAGUUGUGAUGUUGGUUGGGUUCGCGGUGUUAAUGCACGAAUACGAAACACCGCAGUCACGCCAAGUAACGGUGUGCCGACACCUAAUGCCAAUUUGCCGCCACGAAUGCUCAGGAAACUAGCUGCCGAAGCUGUUGGUAAUCCACCAGUCAGUUCUACAACAAAUGCUUACAACGAAAUGAAGCACUCUACACACCUGGAAGUGCACAGCUCUCAUGCCAACAUCAUUUCUGGUAAUUCGACAACCGUUUCCAGGAAUGGUCCGUCCCACAUUACGCCUAUUAUUCAUUCCCUUGGUCAGUCACAUUCGUCGAAUCUUUUUGAUGAUAAUCCAAUGGUUACCAGUGAUGAGAAAUUCGGUUCACAGAAGCUCGUCUGGCCUUCUUUCUCGAAAUUUCCUGCUAAUUCUACGGCAUAUGGUAACACACAGUCGACACUUACUUCUAUGCCACAAUCUUUCAAUUCGUCAACUUUAAGAACUCUAGAUCAACCAAGUUUCCAAAAUGCUCAGUCUCUGACGGCAAACAAAUGCUAUCAGAGAAUCGAACAGGUUCGACCAUCCAGUACGAACUGUUCUGCUCCGUCACCGAAUCAUGUGGCUGAAAAUCACUUGACACUUCCACAAGCUCCUGAUGAUAAAAAAAUUGCAGCAAAAUUGCUCGAAUUGUUGGUUGAAUUACGGGAUCCUGUAUCUAUUAAAAACCACUUGAAUUUAUCAAAUGUUGGCCGAAUAACAGUUGAAGUACUGGCUAUUGUUGUUUUACAUUUGUGUGAAGAAGGUACUCAUCUCAAAUUGGCAGAAGCCGAACCGUUCGAAUUAGCAGAAUUACUUGUUGCAUGUGCAGAAAACCUGUUAUGUCGUGAUGCAUCUGUAUGCAAUUCUAAAGAUAGUCGCAAGCCCAAAUCAGUGAAGUCGCUGGGUGGUCACCCUCUGGCUCUUGUGUGGUCGCACCUGCUAAAUAAGGUGUUAUGUGUUACGCAGUUAAUCUAUUCAAAGUCUAAAAUCGCUUCAAUAUCAGCCGCUUUAAUAUGGAAUCGCCAUAUGGAUCUUUCUGAAUUCGCAGAACCUUUGCGUGGUGGGAAACACCAUCCUUUAUUCUUACUUGUUCUUCAGAAAUUGUCUCAAAUGGUUGAUAAUGACUAUAAUUCGAAUGGAAAGGAAUCAGUAUGCAUAGAUGGUGCUACUGUGGAUGAAAGGCGCUGUUCACUCAUUCAAUUGUUCCAAGAUACUGGGUUACAAAUAAACCAAAUGGUCCCAGAAGGUAGUCGUACAAAUGAAGCCCUUCUGGCACUACUUGAAGAACGCGAUUUGGAUUUUCUUGUCCCAAGUUUGCGUCUUUCCAUUGAACUCUCUAAUCUCAUGAUGAACAUUUCGGAUAUGGAGGGAAAAAAUCCUCAAGAGUCGGAUAAACACUUCGCAUCCAGAUUAGAUGAAUAUUUGUCAAAGCAACCAGCAACCAGCGUUGGGAUUCGAAACUCGGACUAUGCUCACGCUUGUUUACCAGUUGUAUAUGAAUAUAUUUACAAGGUUGGAGUUGUUGAACUUGGUAGUUCAUCUUCACCCUCAACUUUAAUGACAAGAGAAAGAGCUGCAUGGAAGUGCAUUGUACCAAAAGCACUUGCUGACAUCUUACGAAACUCUGUGGAGCGGCAGUUGGAUGCUUUGCAUGCUCUUCAGCUUUUCUGGGUUGAGAAAAGCAUGCCAAAAGGCUUCUUGUUUCGGUGUUUUAUGAAUCUAUACGACUGCGAACUUGUGAGCGAAAACGCUUUUCUGUCUUGGAAAGAGGAAGUGAAUCCCAGUUAUCCUGAAAAGGGUCAAGCAUUAUUCGAGGUGAAUCGUUGGUUGACGUGGUUGGAGACAGCCGAAGAAGAAGACGAUGAAGGUCCAAGUAAAUCAGAUUCAAACGAAGAACCUACAAAGCCGUCGGUUGAAGAAGUUGCAAUGCACUUGGAAAAUUUAUCAACUGCUUGUAGUCAGCAAACUAUAUCAAUGGAUCAUAUAUCUGAAAUGGUGUCUGAUAUCAUACCUCCUGUUCUGCAUUCCAGUUCAGCAGCCCUCGGUUCCUCAUAA